GGGUGCGUCGGGUAAACACGUCUAACCAACUGGCCAUUAGCUGUUCUCGUGCUUUCAUGGGUGAGUGUCGGUAACUAGACGACUGGCAUCAUCGGCUGAUUUGGAACGCUCAUGGUGCAGAUGUUCGCAGCCAUCACACAAUCCGUCUUACUUUGUGAGGUGUUCCGAAGUGUCUGCUCGCUUCCCGGAGAUGAAUCGCUAACAAUACACCGGGAUUUUCAGACGGAUACACACACGCUGGGCUUGGGAUCCAUCAAUGGGAGCUCACAGAAGAAGACUACAACAAGUCACUGAAGGUACGGAGUUCCAGUCGUGCCUGGUUCGUCUAGCACUGUUGAUUGAUGGCCAAGCAGGUUCUCAUGGCUGGCGCAGUCAUGUACAUCCCAGCCCUUGGACUCUCCAAGAUCGGCCUCAUCAUUCUCUAUUAUCGCCUAUCCGAUAUGCAGCGCAGCUGGCGAAUUAUCCUGUGGAGUUUCACGAUAUUUGUCAUAUCCUACAUGGUCAUUCUCGAAUGCUUGUUCCUCUUCGGCUGCAACCCGAUCCAGAAGGCCUGGGACGUAGCCAUUGAGGGGCAGUGCAUCAGCCGGGCCUCGAUUUUCUUGGCCGGCACGUGCGCCAGUAUCUUCAUCGACAUUGUCUUAGUGAUCACGCCUCUCCCGGUGGUGGUGGGGCUCAACAUGGCGCCCAAGAAGCGCGUCGGGGUGGCCUGCAUGUUCGGGCUUGGCGGACUGUAUGCUUCAUCCUUCCUCGUCUUUCGUCUGUCGCACUGCAGCGACUAACCAAUUCAUGAUUGUGGGUAGGCCCCUGAUUACCAGUUGUAUGCGAUUGGCGUCG